UUGUAUCAGAAUAUUGUUCGUUGAACAUAACGUAUGUUUGGUGAUAUUAAAGUUAAAACGUUUAUUCGUGCUGAAGAUUCUGUACUUAAGUAUCAUCAUAAGUAAUAAAAAACGGUGGUGCAAUGGGUUCAAGAGACUAGACCUGAAAUCAUUAGAUGAUGGAACUUGUCAGUCAGCCAACCUCAGAGACAAGCAGUGACAAUGAAGAAAUAAAUAAGAUAUUUCCAAAAUGUCGAAUCAAGUCUGGUGCAGAAGUAAAUAAUGAUGUUAACCAAAAUCCAUUGUCUCAAGAGAGUACGUCAUGCUCCCCAUCUGAUCUUGAGAAACUGAACUGUGAGACAAGUAUGGAAGUGAAAAAUGGUCAACAGUUAAUGCUACAAGGAUUUGAUCUGAAUCAUGUUCUGUUAGCUAGCAGAGCUAAAGAAAGAAGAGAUGAUGAUUCAGUUUUUAGUGGACAUAAUUCGUGUGAAUCUUCUCUUCAUAAUGAUGAUAGUGAGAAAUUCAUGCAAAUUGUUGAUGAAAAAAAAGAACACUUUGAUGUCUAUGAUGAAGAAUUUGAUGUAGGGUUUUCUGUAGGUCAAAAAUCAGAAUAUGCUCUUCGUGAAAGUCGAAUAGAAAUUGCAGGCGGAAGAGAGAUAUUUUCUAAAAGUCGAAGCAGGCCAUCUAAAAAAAGAUACAGUGAUGAAGUGGUUUAUCAUCCUUUGAAUAACUAUAGUGGUCAGGCAUCUGAGACCAAAUCUCAUAGUGGAGAGUUCCUAUAUGAUGAAAGACUUGAUAAAUACACUUUCUUACCAUGUGCUUACAGGAAAUCUGACCAAAGUUCUAAAAGAAUGGAAACUCUUGAUAUGGAUCAUGAUGAAAACCAUACUCUUAAUAAGAAAGAUAAACUAAAACUGACAGACAAAUGGCUUCAAGGACCUACUGGAAAUAGGAAAGUUUCAAUAUCCAGAUUACUGAAUGACAAUUGUGAGACACCAACAAAUGAUACAUUAUCCUCUGGUCAUUUGGUUUAUGAAGCAACUCUUCAAAAUGCUUCCAUUGUGUACGAUGACAUUGGUGAUAUUACAGAUAGACAAAAACUGAAUAAGCGACAAUUCUCAGGAACAAAGUCUAAUACAUCUGACAAGGUUUUUGCAGAUAUGACACAGAUGAAACAGUUACGUAACAAUAGGAGUCAGCUUCCUAAUUCAGAAAGCUCAGUGUAUUUUUACUGUGAUUCUAAUGUCACUUCAGACUUGCCUUCCCAAAGUGAUAAGAAAGAAUCACCUGAAUUAAGUAUGGAGGAGAUGGAUACAGACUCUGAACCCAAUUCUCCAGAAAAACAAGAUAUUGCAAGAGUAAUAGGAAAUGUUCCAAUAGCACAGUAUGAAGGUUCUCCUAGACGCUAUGGUCCAAGGCCAGGAUUUCCUCAAAGAGUAGUAACAGAGCUCCAUGAAGAAGCUUAUCAAAAUAAAAAUGAUAGUAAAAAUGAACAUUUUAAGUUGUGUGUGGAUGUUAAAAGCAAUAUUAGUAAUCAUGCUUAUCAAGAGAAUUCAAAGUUCCCUUUGUCCUAUGAAUCUCCUGAUAAGGUACAUGUAGAAAGAUAUAAGUCUGAAAAUAACUUUCAUUGUGAUGUGACAAACAGUAUCAGUUCUCAUUCUGCCAAAACUCUAAGGUCAGAAGACUUUGAUCAUGACAUUACCAGGGAUCUAGAUAACCAAAGUCCUUCUCUACCAGUGUCUGGUAUUGUGUUUGAUGAUUUAGAUUAUAAACUUUAUCGUGUUAGUUCUGGAAAUAAAUACAUAGGCAAACGGCUGGCCUUGUCUUGUGCAGCAGAAACCCAUGAUAGUCCAAAACGAAUGGAUACAUAUGGAAGUGAAACAGAAGUAAGUCUCAAAAAUGGGGAGGAAGGCAAUCAGAUAGAAGCAGAUAGCAGUGAGCAAACAGCUUGUUUAUCUAAUGAACAAGAGCUAAUGCUGCUUCAUGAAAGGGUACAUCAGCAUACUCUUCAGGUGGAGAUGUCUGAGCAAGACAGGGAUUCUGUUAGCACUUAUCCAGGGACUGAAGAUUUAGGGGAAACUGAAAUAGGGGAACAAGUAGAUCAUACACGUAACUUCACUCUUUCACCAGAAACUACUGACUGUGAAAGCAAUGACGUGGAGAGUGAGGUUUCUGUUGAUGGGAGUCAGAAAUCAGGAAAUAGGUUAACUAGUAGUAUGCCAGUUUUAGAAGAUGGUCUUUCUAGUCAUAGCAGUGAUGGAGAUGUUUUUGAUCAAAACUUAAGUGGUGAAGAGAUUGAUACAGAUGGGUGGUCUCAAGAUCGAUCACAGUAUGGUGAUAACCCCACUUUAUUGUUAAUGAAAAAACAAAUCAAUGAAAUAGAAGAGGAAUUAGCUCUUCGGUCUCAAAAGAAGGAUUUUUUGAUGAAAGUCAGCCAAAAAGAUAUUGAAGAAUAUGUACAAAGACACAGUAUGUUACAUCAUUCUCCAUUAAAUGAAGCUGAUCUCACAUUGUUUGAUACUUUGGUUGAAAAAUCAGACCAGUCUAGUCCUGGUCUUUUACAUUCCCCCUCAGAACAGAAUGGUCACUUGUCAUCUGACCCGUGUGAUGUUCAUCCAGAUUCUGUUUCUCAGGUUAUCCAAGAAAUAAAAAAAGCCAUUCAUCAUAGCAAAAAUAUUCACCUAAAAUCAUCACCAACAGACAAAUUGGAUUCAGGGCAGCCUGUUUGGGUUCCUAGGCUCUCACAGGGAGGACGCUAUGGCAAAAGGUAUUCAGAUUCUGCAAGGGAAGGUGGAAAUGAGGAAGAAGAGUGCGACACUGAUCAAGAAACAGACAGACUUCUGGGUUCACAACGAUCUGAAGAUAAAGAAUAUUCUGGUGAUAAAGUGCAAAAUUCAUCAGGCAAAAAAAAGGGGGCAUCCAAAGAAGUUCUCAUCCAUGAACCUGCAGUCCUCAUUGAAGGGGUUUUGUUCCGGGCUCGCUAUUUAGGCUCUACUCAGCUAGUCUGUGAAGGCCAACCCACUAAAGCUACACGUAUGAUGCAGGCUGAGGAAGCUGUGUCAAGAAUCAAAUCCCUGGCUCCAGAAGGUGAAACUCAACCCAAUACAGAAGUAGACCUUUUUAUUUCAACAGAAAAAAUCAUGGUGCUGAACACUGAUCUUAAGGAAAUCAUGAUGGAUCAUGCUCUCCGCACAAUAUCUUAUAUUGCUGAUAUUGGUGACUUGGUGGUAUUGAUGGCACGUCGUAGAAUGAUGAAUGGCACUGAUGACUCCACUGAUUCAAAGAUCAAGAGAACUCCUAAAAUGAUUUGUCAUGUUUUUGAAUCUGAAGAGGCACAGUUCAUUGCUCAGUCAAUUGGCCAAGCAUUCCAAGUGGCUUAUAUGGAAUUCCUAAAAGCAAAUGGUAUUGAAGAUAGUAGUUUUGUCAAAGAGAUGGAUUAUCAAGAAGUACUGAAUUCACAAGAAAUAUUUGGAAAUGAGCUUGAGAUGUUUGCCAAGAAGGAAAAGCAGAAAGAGGUUAUUGUUCCAAAACAAAAGGGGGAAAUAUUGGGGAUGGUUGUUGUUGAAUCAGGUUGGGGAUCAAUGUUGCCAACUGUGGUAAUAGCUAACAUGGCUCAGUGUGGACCUGCAGCCAGAUGUGGACAGUUAAAUAUAGGAGAUCAGAUCAUUGCCAUUAAUGGAGUCAGCUUGGUUGGACUGCCACUUUCAACAUGUCAAAACUAUAUAAAGAAUACAAAAAAUCAGACAGUUGUGAAGAUGACAGUUGUACCUUGUGCUCCAGUUGUAGAAGUUAAAAUUAAAAGACCAGAUACAAAGUAUCAGCUAGGGUUCAGUGUACAAAAUGGAGUGAUUUGCAGCCUGUUAAGGGGAGGUAUAGCUGAGAGAGGAGGUGUUAGAGUUGGACACCGUAUAAUAGAAAUAAAUGGUCAGAGUGUUGUGGCUGUGCCUCAUGAGAAGAUAGUGAAUCUGUUGGCCACAUCAGUAGGAGAGAUUCUGAUGAAGACCAUGCCAACUUCAAUGUUCAGACUUCUAACAGGUCAAGAAACUCCGGUUUAUAUUUAAAGACAGUUUUUAUGCAACUGAUAGAGUUGUUCCCAAAACUUAUCAGAUUAAGCCCAUGAAAUGGGAACAAGAGUGUCAGACAAGCAUUCAUUAAAACUGGUGGUUCAAAGACUUACUUGGACAACACUGCUUAGUGUUAAUGCACUAAGUAAAAGAGGAGAGAUAGGUGUAUGAAUAUAUAUAUCUAUAUAUAUAUAUUUAUACACACAUGGAAUUGGACAGAAAACUCUGUGAGCUUCUAUAAAGGGUUUAUCAAUAAGAUGGUAGAUGGAUGGUAAUUAUGUAACACAUCAUUUUCACACUUUGAGACACAAUUUGACUUGUGUAUUACAUAAUAGCUUAUUCUUCUUUUCUGAAGUAUCUUCACCUAGGGUUUUCUGGAGAAACACAUUUAAGGGGCUUUCAAAUCAAAAACAUUUAAUCUUGUGUGAGUUAAUUUUUAUUAUUCUGUUUACUUCGUUUUUGGACUUGUGUGGUACGACGGCAACACAGCUGAAAUCGUGAUAGUUCACUGCUCAUGAUGUACAAUUUCUAAUUGAGGAAAGUUAUUAUGAUUAAAAGUCAAUGUGAUAUAAUUUUGUCAUUUGUAAGUUUCAUCCUUUUCGUAAUACUUAGAAAUUGUCAUCAUCUCCGUCAGUCAGUACAAUGGAAUUGAUCUGAUUUAAGAUACUACAACAUUUUAUUUGAUUCAGUUGUGUGAAUAUUUUUAUGUAACAUGAGGGGAAAAAGGGAGAAAUUUUUUCACGAUUUUGGUUCUAUUUUCUUAAAGACUUUAUAAUAAUAUAUAAUUUUUGAUAAUUUCCAAAAAAUAAUCGUAAACAAAUUUAAGCUAUUAUGGUAGUAUACUGUUAUAAAACAAACAUUAGGGUUAGCACCAGCAAAAUAAUUAUCAUGUGUCAGGUCUUCACUGAAUAAAAUUGUUUUUAUAUGUUACAAGUAUUUCAUAUAAUGGGCAUAUUUAAGAUAUUUAUUAUUGAAAUUACCUUCUUUUGUAUCCACAUUACAUAAUUACAGCGUUUAACUUUUACAAUGUACUUAAAAUGUAGAAGUCAAGAUUUCGUUGAUGUAUGUAGUUUCAACUUAGACUUUUUUUUUUCAAGUGGUUUAUGUGACAUAUUACAGUUAUGUUGAAUGGUCAUUUCUAGUGUUUUGACAAAAUUCCUUUUACAUAUAUCAGUUGUUUAGGUUUUGAAUGUUACAUGGAACACAUCUUUUAGCUAAGCCUAGAUUUGGAUUUCAUAUCAGUAAGAUGACCCAAACCUUAUGUAUGGAUAUCUUGUUGGGAUAACAUAUUCCCAUACAUCUACAACUUUACCUACAUUCUAUGCUGGCACUUAAAAAAUAUGUUUAUUGUAAAGCCAAGGAAGUAAUAUUUUUCAGUUGUUUUAAUUUUUUUUAAAUGCUUUUCACAUUUUCUGAAUUUCCAAUAAAAUUAUAUUUCUAAUAUAUUUAAUUUUCGGGGUAAUUUUCAGACUUUUUUAUGCAGAUUGCUUGAAUUUUCUUGACAACCCAUGUUUAAUAUUUAUAAAGUCUCAUUUAUCCUGUAUAUUAAUAUCAUUAUAUUCUGUUUUUGUCUAUCUACAAUUGUACCAAUUUUAGAAACUUUACUAUUACUUAUAAUACUUGAAAUGCAGUACAUACAACUAACUCUCAUUCUAUUUACUCUGAAACUGUUUUUGGAUCAUAAUUGUAUAAUAAUUAUUGAUACUUCAGAAAAAGUGAUGUAUCACCCCACAAAGUUUUCUUGGGUCCAAGUACUAGUCCAGAUUGAUGCACUAAUUACUGUGCUCAUAAAUCUUGUGACCCAACAUGCAUCUCUGAAAGUAAUGUCAUCAUUUUUGGUAAAACAUAAAAUGUAUGUGGAGUAUGCAUAAAGAUAAAUGGAUAAAAAAUGUAAAUUUCUUUUUUGUAUUAUAUUAAUAGUAAAGCUUCAGUAUUUAUACCAUUUUGAAUUUUUAUUUAAACAAAUGGGCAAUUGCUUUAAUUUGCUUCAUGUUUGUUGUAAAGGAAAGAAUAGCCACGAGUUGCUCAGCUAAAAAAGCAUUUUUGGUAAUGUGUUUACUUUUGAAAUUAAGAAUAUGUCAUUCAUCAAAAGCUUGGACAAUUGAAGUGGUAUGCUCGUUUUACAUUUGAUAGUAUGCUAAAAAUGACUUGGUAGAUUUGAUAAAGUAUAAUAAGACAUAUUGUCUCUGUUGUUACUUCUAAUGGAGUCAGUGUGAACUAGUUAUGAUAGUGUUUUACAUUUUCUCACAAAAGACUUCAUAUUGUAUGCAAGUUGAAGUAGAAAGCAUAUCAGAGGUUACAUGACCAUUCAAAAACUUUAAUUUUUCUUUUAAAUCAAAUCUAUCUCCAAUAACAUUUUGAUUAUUUGUAAUAAAAUAAAUGGGGGCUAAUAAGCUGAAAACUUUUCUGUUGAUGGAAGUAUCUUUGCCUUAAAUUAAAAUUUAGUUAUUUUAUUACUGGUAAUAUAAAGACUUCUUCCAUUGUUACAAGAACUUUUGAAACAAGUGGGUCAUGUUAGUGGCUGUAUAUUAAACUUUAACCUUUACUCAUGCCUUAAAGCAAGGUAGUUCAAGGAUAAAUGCAUUCUAUAUUAGUCAUUUUGAAUAAAGGUUUGAGUACCCAUUAAGAUUUGUGUGCCAUAUUAGUUAUUUAGGGCAACUAUUGUAACAUCUUGGUAACUAAGAAUAGUUGCUUUACAUUAUGUUAGUACAUUCUAAUAUUGCAGUGUGUGUCAGUUAACUCUAAAGCUGUAUUAUAAAAUUUCUGUGUCAUAAUAUAGUUCUUAAACUGUAUUUUCAUGAUAAAUUGAGAUGUUGGUAUAGCUUUCCAGGGACACAGUCUUAUAACCCUCUCAUUUUGAUGAUAUUCUCUCAAAACAAGUUUGGCUUAUCACAUGGGUAAAAAUAUCAAGAUUUACACUAAACUUGAAAAUAGUGUGCUUUGUGUGUAUUGCAACGAAUAUCCACACCAUUCUAUGAAGCUUUCAUAUAUCAUUAUAAUGUCACAGUUCUUGAUUCUGACAUAUGGGUAUUGUAUUUGAUUUUAAGUAAAUACUGGACUGGUAAUUAUUCACGUGUAUUCGUAACGAAUAAGGAAACAAUAAAAUGGUUAAUUUCUUGCAUUUACUUUAUGAUAGGUGUUUAUUGUUUGUAGGUUAACCGUAUAAGAAUUUAUUUAUUUUUUGUUUGAGUGUGUACAAAAAAAGUAGUACUAAUAUAUUGUAUGUGAAACCUUACUAUAGCUACAUUGUAUUAUGUCUUGUAAAAUUAUUGCUUUUGUCACUUUGAUUUUAUCAUAGUUGUGUAAUGAGUUGAUAAUUAAAGUCACUCGGUAUGUA